AUGAUUGCCGAUGUUAGUGUUCUUAAUAGAUAAUUAACAUUUUUUUAAGUUAUUUCUCCUAAUAAUGGUGCCUUCAUGAUACAGUGAUAAUAAAUCGGCUACAUGGAUAGUAAUACCAUGGAGUUCACACUACCUCCAGCCCCGCGGGGUCUAUGUUUCGAUCGAAACGAUUUUGUCAAGACAAAUUUUUCUAUUGAUAACUUCUUAGAGGAGCAUCAAAAUGUGGCUUCGUUGGAGACAAUGAGAGACGAUCUAGGCAUGUACUUGAAAGUUCUGAGAUUGGCUAUGAUUGAACUAAUUAAUAAGGACUACGCCAAUUUCGUAAACCUGUGUGCCACUCUCAUUGGUUUUGAUAAGACAAUAGUUAAAAUCGAAGUGCCAUUGGGUCAAUUAAAUGAGGAGAUAUUGAGUGUGCAGAAAUGUUUAGAAGAUGCCAUGAAAGAGUUAUCAAUGUGGCUAAGCCAAAGACAUGGAUUACAAAAGAAGAAACAACUCCUCAAAUAUUAUGGUCAAACUAUAAAUUGCUUAGCUACCUUAGAUAAUAUUCUAUAUAAUAUAUCCGAUAAAAAGAAAGAAGAGCAGAUUGUACUAGCUGACCGUGCAGCGAUGCAAUACAAUCUAGUGAAAUAUUCAAUUGCUAAAUGUGAUUGUUUGAUAAAGCCAGAACAAAAAACACAAUAUGAUGAAGUUGGUGCAAAACUAAUACAAACUCUCAAUGACUUGCUGUUCCAGUUCUGGAAUGACAAUGAUGAAGAGAAUCUGCUUAAGACAUUAAUUACACUCGCUUCGUUAGAUCGCAUUUCUGAAACUGAAAUGUUAAUUCGAAAGCAAGCUGUCUCUCCAUUACUACAGGAAAUCAUUAAUGAGUCAUCACUUCAGAGAAGUAAGGAUGGCCUCCAAGAGAUUUAUAAAAGAAUUCUGUUGUUAUUAGACACAGAAUUGAAAUUACUUCAUGCAAUGACAGAACAUUCCAAGUUAACAUUUCUAGUGAAGCAAUAUAGGUUUUUAGUUAACUGUUUUUGGUGUGAAGUAGAGAGUAGGCUUGAGGUGAAUUUGUCAUCCAUAUUUGCUCCUGGCAACCCUCAAAUAUUUUAUACAAGGUAUAGUGAGAGUAUGCAGUUUAUAAAAAAACUAGAGAAAUAUUGUUCUAAUAUGGAGACAAUUAAUUUAUUACAUCAAACUGCAGAGUAUCGAAGUUUUCAAAGGAGAUGGAAUUUGCCAGUUUAUUUUCAAAUAAGAUUUCAAGAAAUUGCAGGAAGCUACGAAGCUGCAUUACCAAUGACUCCUACACUAGAGAAUAAUGAUGGUUUCACUCUGAAGGAAACAUAUGUAUGCUGGAAGGCAAUGCAGGAUUGUUGGAGUGAUGGUAUAUAUAUUGAUACUCUUGGGCACAAGUUCUGGAAACUUACUUUACAAAUGCUCUCAAGAUAUGCUCGCUGGACUGACAAUUAUUGUUCACAGAAAAUAUCAUCACAAAAAAACGAGCCAACAGCUGUAAAUAAACAUUUGAUUGACAACAGUAUUAGUAUAUAUGUCGACACACAAACAUUAUUGCAAAGGCUACCUUUAUUUUUACAAUUUGUUGAAAACAAAAUGCCUAGUAAAUGUAGCGGACUUCUUAAAUCAAGCUUAAGUUCAUCUGAAAAUAUGUUGAGAGGUACAAAUGAGAAAGUAAGACAUUGUAUAGUGAAUGAAUUGGUUGAGUUUUUCAAUGUACAGUUAAAACAAGUCAGCGAUAUACCAAGAUUAUACAGGAAGACCAACCGCAGUGUGCCUACAAAGCCCUGCCUUUAUUUAGAAGUAGUGUCCAAAUCGAUACAUGAAUUCAAUGAUGAUGCAUCAAAACGGUUGGAUAAUGCCUUUUUAGUUGAACUGUAUGAAGCAUUAUUUAAUGUUAUGACAGCUUCAUAUUAUAAAUAUGUAGAAGAUGUGUUAACGUCAGUGCAAAAAACUGAAGAAUCACUUAGAAGACUGAAGCAAAUACGGGAGAAAACAACACAACAGAGUACUGAGAGCGCCAGUAUAACUGACGGCGACAAAAUACGGCUGCAAUUGAAUGUGGAUGUUGUAUCAUAUGGCAAGGUAGCGGAGGCACUGCAGGUCAAUGUAAAUAGUGUGCAAAAGUUUACAGAAUUAUAUUCCAUGGUCACAGAUGCUGUAAAAAAUAUAGAUAUUAAAUGAUAUGCCCACUUGUAUAAUAGCAUUUGAUUUUUUUAUGAGAAUAGGUGAAAUAUAAACCAUUUUAACAUAAACAUGUAUUUGAU